UCCCGGCUCAGUUUUUGACGUGUAUUCCAUGUGACCGCCGCGUUGUGCGGCGCCCGAGCCGAGCACAAACACGUCAAUCGGGGUUGGGGGGGCGAGAAAGCUCGCAGCGCGUCGGAACAUCUCGUACCCCGGCGUCGGCGGAACACGGCGAGCGCCCGCUCACUUCACUCUUGCCUCUCGUGGAUUUUCUUUUUCUUUCUUUCUUUCUUUUUUAAUCAUUUUUGAUUUUGAAAGAAAAAGAAGCACAAGAAAAUAACCACUGAUGCCUAGAAGCAGAAAUGAACUCUGAUCAGGAUUUGGCUCCGGACGGGGCCUCGGUAGCGGCCGCGUUUGCAGCGAAGGGCACCGACGUGACGCCUAAAAAAGACCGAGGGAUCACCAAGGUUGUCAAGCGUCAGGGGGAUGACGGCGAGCGGCCGAUGAUCGGAGACCGAGUGACGAUCCAUUACACUGGAAGGCUCCUCAGCGGGAAGAAGUUCGACUGUAGUCGAGAUCGCAAGGAGUCCUUUUCCUUCAAUGUCGGCAAGGGACAUGUCCUCAAAGCGUGGGAUGUUGGCGUGCUAUCGAUGCGGAGAGGAGAGGUGUGCACGCUGCUGUGCAAGCCCGAGUACGCUUUCGGCGCCACUGGAAAACCCGACAAAAUUCCUCCCAACUCGCCAGUGCUCUUUGAGAUCGAGCUGCUCCAGUUCGAAGGAGAGAAGCUCACGGAUGAUGGCGGCAUCAUCCGAAGGAUAAAGGUGAAAGGCGACGGCCACUCAAAUCCCAACGACGGCGCAAUUGUCGACGUGCAUCUGGAGGGGAGCUGCGACGGCCGACUGUUCGACGUCAGGGACGUCAGCUUUGCUGUCGGCGAGUCCGAGGAUGAAGGCGUUCCCCUGGGAGUGGACCGUGCCAUGGACAAAAUGCAGAAAGGAGAGUGUUGUAUACUCUAUUUAACAAAAAUGUACGGCUUCGGAAGAAAAGGAAAUCCAGAAUUCAAAAUUGGGCCAGACAAAGACAUCGUAUAUGAAGUGACGCUCAAAGACUUUAAAAAGGCGAAAGACCCGUGGGAAUUGAAACUGCACGAAAAGCUGAAUCUGGCUCUAGACGUCAAACAUAAAGGGAACGAGUAUUAUAAGGCGGGACACUUCUACCACGCGGUCAUCCAGCACCAGCGCGUCGUUUCCUGGCUCGAGAUGGAGUUGGGCAGUGGCUUGGAGCAGCAGAAGGAGAUUAAUGAGUUUCUCUUGGCGGCCCACCUCAACUUGGCGUUGUGUUUCUUGCGCAUUCAAGAUUACUCACUGGUCGUGGAGAACUGCAACAAGGUAAUUGAGAUCGACGCUUGCAACGAGAAGGCCUUGUACCGCCGCGGCGAGGCCCGUCUCCUCCGGAACGAGUUCAGCCUGGCCUUGGUGGAUUUUCAACACGUGCAGCAAGUCAACCCCGCAAAUCGAGCGGCUAAAAGACAGAUUGUCAACUGCCAAAAAAAGAUGAAGGAAUCCCACGAGCUGGACAAGAGGACUUACGCAAACAUGUUCCAGAAAUUGACUGAACAUAACAGCAAGGACGAGAAGACAAAGAGGAAGAGCGGCGGCCUGAACGGCGAGCUGGGCAUUAAACGUCGACGGAGUCAGGACCACGUGUGACGCCCGCGAGGAACUCAAAACGGAAAAGACUCGGCCGGACGAGAGAGCCGAGGCGCGCUGCGGCCUCCGACCCAAACCCGAUAUUCCCAUUCCGAAGCAGCGUAUACAUGUCUCUCUCUCUCUCUCUGUCGGGAAAACUGCCGGAACGCGCCUGUAAGUGGCCUCACGACCGCUCAUCUUUGCCUCUUUUUUCCAAAAUCGACAUUGACCUGCAUUUUAUCGGGUUUCUGAGACGACACGAGAUGAGAUGUUGCCUCUGCGGUCCUAUGUCCAAAUCUCCAAACAUGGCUUACCAGUGUCUGAUUUUUGCGCAUGUCACCAUUGGCAGUUUUUAUUUUAUUUUAUUAUUUUUUUUUUGGACAAAGACUUGAAUCUAACGUGCAAUUUGUUCUUUGGAUCACAAAGAUGGCUUUCGAGGAAAAAAAAAAUGUUCUGCUUUCUGCCUUUUCACGCGAGGAAAAUGUGCGUUUCCUUGAAGGUAUUCACCUUGCAUAUUUCACAUGCAAAGUCUCCCAUCAGCUGGGGCCGAACUCGUCUAAUACUGAAGAGAAAUAAGCACAAAUGAAAUAUACUAAAGGUAACCAAAACGAAAUAACCUCGCUCGCUCUCUCCCUCCCGCAAAUUUCAUUCACAAGAUUGCCUAAGGUGAAGGAAAGCGGGUGAAAAAUGGAUGAACAUUUUGGGCAAAUCACUUCAUGUAAAUUUAGCUGUGGAAUUUUGGUCAUACAGUAUUUAGGUGUCACACACAAACAUUUGAUAUUAUGCAAAUGAUUGAAAAACGACAUGAAUCGAAAAAAAGGCCUACCCAAACAUGUUUGCAUUCGAGUUGCUUUUUAUAACUCCAUUUAAGGUCCCUGAAAUACAAGUUUACAGUUUAUUCCUAUAAUUAAUCAUCAAUAUAUUCUUUUUCAACAUUAUCAUUUUCCCAAAAAGUUUCUAUACAAAAAGAUUUUAACUAUGAAAAUCGACAAAUCCUGGCUGGGAUCGAUUCCUUGAACUGUACAUAUUCAUCCAAGCAUGGUAUUAAAAGUGUUCCAUUUAACACAUCCAAAAGCCGUCGAACGGCAACCAAAAACGACUUUGCACCUUCGGGACUGAUAAAGAUUGUAAUAUGAUUUUGAAGCAAUGACUAUAUAUAUAUUUUUUAAAAAAGGUGGCAGCUUUAAUAAAUGAACACUGAACUUAAUUAAAGUAAGCGUUUCCAGGCAAACUUAUUCAAGGAUCCGGAAAAGCGUGCUGGCACACUGGCAUGUGCCAUCGGCGCUUGAGGAAAAUUAUGAAUUUUUAUAAUAUUGAGGCUUGCGACAUCAUUAAAUGGUGCAAAAUGUAACGUUAUGACCACUGGCAUUGGAAAGCCGCCCGCUAAUGUCGAAUGUGUUUCUUUCUCCUGCCGUAGUCAACUCAUAUCAUCCCAAACGUGACAAACAGAAGAUGCGGGACAUUAGUAAAGCCGUUUCGUACCAGACAAUGAUAUGGAGGUGUUUUAUAAACAUUGGUAUAUUGACAAUUUCAAAAUAAAAUAAUAAAAAAACCCAUCGCUGCCUGAACUAUAUUGCUUAUCGCGGAGUGAGCGGUAAUAUUAAUUUGCAAUGAUUAUGUGCAGUGCAUGUGAGGUUGAAGUAUUUUUUCUAAUAUAAACGAUCGUUGAUCAGUUUUUGAUUUCAAGUUUUCACUCCGAUGAGACCCCCAAAAGAGAUGAAUAAUUGGCAAAAAAAAAAAAAAAGAAGCACUCUUCCUAAUUUGGUUUGAACGGAAGCUAAGGGUUACAUCCUACACAAUGUUUACAUGUAAACAUCAGACUUGUGUUCCGUGUUUAAAGCUGGCAUUUAUGCAAAACAAAUACCUACUGGCAGAAA